AUGGCGUCGGGUGUCUGUCGGCUGGCGAGGCUUUCUUUAAAAAAAAAAAUCAGCUUUUUGCCUCGCACCAAUGUACCGAAAACCUCUGGGACGCUAUUAUUAACUCAGUGUCGGACCGCUGUUUGCACAUCAUCGGGGGCCAUUCUUCCGAAACCUAAAAAAACGCCUUUUGGCCUCUUCAGAAUAGCCAUGGUGGUUAUUCCUUUCCUAUACGUUGGUACACUGAUCAGCAAGAACUUCGCCGCGCUUCUGGAAGAACACGACAUCUUCGUCCCCGAGGACGACGACGAUGACGAUUGAUUUUUUGGGUGGUUCUGAGUGAAACUUCGGUUACUGAAUGUUUAUCGCUGUAGGAGGAAAAGGUACAUAACUGGACUCCAAAGGAAAUAUGAUGGUCUCAAAUGCAACAAUGUUUUUGUUAUAUUGUGUGUUUCUCUUUCCCUGUGAAAAAUAAUAUAUUGUGUCUGCUAGUUUACAGAGUUCUGUUUCUAAGAGUCGCGAGGCGGCUCUACACUGGAAUGCUCGAACUCAUUUGCAUGCACGUGUACGUCAGAGUACUGUAACCAAUAAAGACUACG